AUGUUGGCUUUCUCUUUCCGUAUGGGUGCCUCCACAGUGAAAGCCAUUGUGUUGGAAACUUGCAAAGUUAUUUGGAAGAACCUUCUCAAAGACCAUAUGCCACAACCUACUGCAGAAAUGAUGGAGAAGUCCAAAGCUGGAUUUUGGGAACUAUGGAACUUCCCCAACUGCGUGGGAGCACUGGACGGCAAACAUUGUGUCUCUGAUCCAGACUAUAAAUUUCUUGCAGUUGAAGUAGGUGGGAAAGGAAGGAAAAAUGACGCCGGUACAUUUUCCACGUCAGCACUAUAUGACUGCCUUCAAAAUAAGAGCUUCAAUAUUCCUCCAGAUUCUACGCUACCACAGUCAAACGUCAAAGUCCCUAAUGUACUUGUUGCUGACGAAGCUUACCCGUUAAAACCCUAUCUGUUGAAGCCAUAUGCAAGAGUAAAUCUAACGCCUGCAAAAACUGUUUUCAACUACAGACUGUCGCGUGCCCGAAGGUGCAUUGAGUGUGCGUUUGGUAUUUUGUUUGCCAAGUGGCGUAUUCUAGGUAAGGACAUAGAAACCAGCGUUGAGAAUGCUGCGCACAUAAUUAAGUGUGCUUGCCUACUUCACAACGUGGUGAGGGACAGAGACGGUGAUAGUGAUCCAGUGUUCAGGGAGGUGCGUUUCUCAGCGCGGAGAGGCGGUCCCAUCCACAUGCAUCGAAGAAACAACAGGUACACUACCAGAGCUCAGAAAGUUCGUGACAUGUUUGCUGAGAACCUCAAGACACAAAAGAUUUUGAAAGGGGACUACAGUGUAUUCUAG